GAGCCCCGCGGACUUGGCGCUCCCCCUCAGGCGGCGCUGCGGGCAGCCCGCGGGCCUUGUAAGCGCGCGCGGCCCCGCCCCCUUCCUUUCUGCCAGAGCAGCCAUCUUCCAGUGAUUCGCCAAAAUGACAAACACAAAGGGAAAGAGGAGAGGCACCCGCUACAUGUUCUCUAGGCCUUUUAGAAAACAUGGAGUUGUUCCUUUGGCCACAUACAUGCGAAUCUACAAGAAGGGUGAUAUUGUAGACAUUAAGGGAAUGGGUACUGUUCAAAAAGGAAUGCCCCAUAAAUGCUACCAUGGCAAAACUGGGAGAGUCUACAACGUCACUCAGCAUGCUGUUGGCAUUGUCGUAAACAAGCAAGUUAAGGGCAAGAUUCUUGCCAAGAGAAUUAAUGUGCGUAUUGAGCAUAUUAAGCACUCUAAGAGCCGAGACAGCUUCCUGAAGCGCGUGAAGGAAAAUGACCAGAAAAAAAAAGAAGCUAAAGAGAAAGGAACCUGGGUUCAGUUGAAGCGCCAGCCCGCCCCACCCAGAGAAGCACACUUUGUGAGAACUAACGGAAAGGAGCCUGAGCUGCUGGAGCCCAUUCCCUAUGAAUUCAUGGCUUAAUGUACAAGAAGAAAUAAAAGCCCUAGAUGUAAUAGCGUUUUCUUAAAUUGAAA